UCCGGCGAUGGGUACACGUGUCUUUGUCCGCUUCUGUCUAGAAGACACCCCUGAUGGAAGACUUCCCGGAGGGAGAUUUUGACCAAGCCGUGCUACGCGUGGGACUGCAGAAGGCGUUAUCUGAAGCCCUUGGAGCGGGAGCCGCCGAGGGGCCGGCAUGGCGGUGAGCAUGGACGAUGACGUGCCCCUCAUCCUCACCUUGGACGACAGCGGCAGCGGCGCCUCGGGCCCCCUCGACGACCUGGAGCCCGAGGAGCUGCCUAACGAAAAUGGAGGUAGCUACGACGUCGUUAAUGAUGCAUCCAGCCCUGCUGCAGGGGACUGCUGUGCGCAGCAAAGCUCUGCCCAGCACAACUGGGAAAUGAACUACCAAGAGGCAGCAAUCUACCUCCAGGAAGGAGAAAACAAUGAUAAGUUCUUCACUCACCCCAAGAAUGCCAAAGCACUUGCUGCCUACCUCUUUGCACAUAAUCACCUUUUCUACCUAAUGGAACUGAGCACAGCACUGCUUCUCCUGUUGCUGUCUCUCUGCGAGGCGCCAGCUGUUCCUAUGCUCCGUCUUGGCAUCUAUGUCCAUGCAACCCUGGAGCUGUUUGCAUUAAUUGUAGUGGUCUUUGAGCUCUCAAUGAAGAUGAGGUGGCUGGGCUUCCAAACUUUUAUCAGACACAAAAGGACCAUGGUGAAGGCUAGCGUGCUGUUUGUACAGUUCAUAGAGGCUAUUGUGGUGUUGGUGCGCCAAACCUCACACGUCCGGAUAACGAGAGCCCUGCGCUGUAUCUUCUUGGUGGACUGCCGUUACUGUGGUGCAGUCAGAAGAAACCUGCGACAGAUCUUCCAGUCCCUUCCCCCGUUUAUUGACAUUCUCCUCCUCCUGCUUUUCUUCAUGGUGAUCUUUGCCAUCCUGGGUUUUUAUUUGUUUUCUCCUAACCACUCGGAUCCUUACUUCAGUACCUUAGAGAACAGCCUCGUGAAUCUCUUCGUGCUUUUGACCACUUCAAAUUUCCCUGAUGUGAUGAUGCCAUCCUAUGCCCGGAACCCCUGGUCCUGUGUCUUCUUCAUAGUGUAUCUCUCCAUUGAGCUGUACUUCAUUAUGAACUUGCUUCUGGCUGUUGUGUUCGACACUUUCAAUGACAUCGAAAAGAGGAAGUUUAAGUCCUUGCUGCUGCACAAGCGCACGGCCAUACAGCACGCCUACCGCUUGCUUAUUACCAAACAGAGGCCGUCUGGAAUUUCCUUCAAGCACUUUGAAGGGCUGUUGCGGUUUUACAAGCCUCGGAUGUGUGCCAGAGAGCGGUAUCUCACUUUCAAAGCACUGAAUCAAAGCAAUACUACUUUAGUCAGCCUAAAGGAUUUUUACAAUUUCUAUGAAGUUGUUGGCUUAAAAUGGAAGGCAAAACGAAAUCGUGAGCACUGGUUUGAUGACCUUCCCCGGACAGCGUUCCUUAUUUUUAAAGGCAUCAACAUCCUUGUGAAGUCGCGAGUAUUCCAGUACACCAUGUAUACUGUGGUGGCUGUGAAUGGAAUUUGGAUUCUUGUUGAAACCUUCAUGCUGCAAGGAGGGAAUUUCUUCUCCAGAAACGUUCCAUGGAGCUACAUAGUCUUCCUCACAAUCUACGGCGUGGAGCUGCUCCUGAAAACCACUGGACUGGGGCCUGUCGAGUACCUAUCCUCUGGGUGGAAUGUCUUUGACUUUGCAGUGACCCUCUUUGCAUUUCUGGGGCUCCUGGCACUGGCGUUUAACAUGGAGCCAUUCUACUUCAUUGUGGUCUUGCGACCUCUUCAGUUGCUGAGGCUCUUUAAAUUGAAGAAACGUUACAGAAACGUCCUGGACACUAUGUUUGAGUUGUUCCCCCGGAUGGCCAGCCUGGGUUUAACCCUGCUGAUCUUCUAUUACUGCUUUGCCAUUGUUGGCAUGGAAUUCUUCGCUGGUGUGGUCUACCCAAACUGCUGCAACACAAGCACAGUCGCAGAUUCCUACCGCUGGGUGAACCAUACCGUUGGUAACAAGACAGUUGUGGAAGAAGGCUAUUACUAUCUCAACAACUUUAAAGCGCAAUUGUCUUUGUUUUUCUUCCACUCUCAUACAGUCACGCUGUUUGAGUUGAUGGUUGUCAAUGACUGGUAUAUCAUCAUGGAAGGGGUGACCUCACAAACCACUCACUGGAGCCGUCUUUACUUCAUGAUCUUCUAUAUCGUGACCAUGGUGGUGAUGACGAUCAUAGUGGCAUUUAUUCUGGAGGCUUUCGUCUUCCGCAUGAACUACACACGGAAGAACCAAGAUUCAGAAGAAGACAACGGCAUUGUGCUGGAGAAGGAGAUCUCCAAGGAGGAAGUGAUUGGGAUAAUAGAGCUGUACAAACGGAGUUCAGCUGUCACUGAAACGUCUCAGCUGCAGAAGAUCGUUUUGCAGAUGGACAAAUAUGGGCAAAUGUCGACGCUGUUUCUGGGGCGCAGAUCAAGGACCAAGAGUGAUUUAAGUAUGAAGAUGUACGAGGAGGAGAUACAGGAGUGGUAUGAGGAACACUCCAGAAAAGAAGAAUCUCAGACACCGUUGCAAGAAUCUGCACCUGCGUCCAACAACUCUCUGAAGCCCUUGAGCCUCCGGCAACGCUCCCAGACUGUCAUUUAGGCCUAGCUAACGCAAGCUGCCCUCUAUGCAAUAACCUAGACUAUUACUUCACAGCGUAUAUAUUGGAAUGGUGUAUAUAGAUCUGUUCAAUGUACCGGUUGGCUUUAGGGUUUAAAUCUCUUCCCCUAGGCAGUGAAUUGCUGAAAAAACAGAGGCCUUGUGGGGCUCUGCAUAAGACUGGUAGAACCGGGUUGAGCAUGAUGCCCAGGCUCGGCAUGGAGUGAGCAUCUCAGGCAAAACAGAGUUGUCCUCCCUCUGACCUGCUUCCCAGGCUCAGACCUGUUGCUUGUCUUACCACUAACAGACCCCGGCAGAAGGGAUAUGUAGUCCAUUAACAGCAGGAAAGGUGCUGAAGCCACCUGCUUAAUAGUAUUAAAAAUUUUGCCCUUUGGAAGAUCCACUUUUUUCAAAGGGUGCCAUUAAGCUAGGUACAAAAGAUCAGGGAAUGAGUUUUUUUUUUUUCUUCUUCUCCCCUCCUUGUGCAAAGCAAGGGGAGGUGGUGUGAAAUUUCAGCACUUUUGGAGGAGCGGUCUGCUUUCCCCUCCUUUCUGACAUACCUAGAUGCACUCCUGUAGCAGUUCUAGCUCUCAUUAUUGAGUUUAGCUGUCUGUGAGCUGUCCUGUGGCAGCUGGAGCCAGAAUGAGGGAGCUCACUGCAUUCAGACUAUAGGUGGGACAAGAGACAACUCUCUCUGCUGGUCAGUUCUGCCCAUGGCACUGCCCAGAAUUGGGAGUGACUCUGUAAGCCCCAAAGCUCUUAUCUCCGUUUGGUGAGAUGAGUGAUUCCCCGGGUUGGCAGGGGCUGUUGACCUCUGCCACUUGGCCACCUGCUUUGUAAAUGGCAGAUUUUUGCCUGCUCCUUAGUUCAGAUAGAGAAUUAGGAGGACGAAGGGAGGGUUUUGCAGCUCCAAGUCUAUGACAUAGUUCUGCCUGCGUCUGGGUUAAGAAGAGCUUAUGGGCAGAGAGCCCAUAAAACACCACUGCUGGUUAAUCCUCAGCCAGGUCGUGGCUUUGUUUAUGCAGGUGAACGAGUCCUAAUGCAGCAGUGUUGCUCCUCCCUUGUUCUCAGCCUUGCAGAAAGGCUCUCCAGGCUGGCAAAUGCUGACUGAGAGAGAUCUUGGGAAGGCCGUCUAUUGAAGAGCUUUACUGUUCCCCUGAAUUCUGGAUGGAGGAGGAACGUGGAAGAUGAUGAUUCUGCUCCCCCAUCUGCUUUUCUGCAUCUAGCAAGGAGGCUGCCAGACCUGGGAGAUGGGAAAGAAGGGGAAAAGGGGAUCCUGCCCCAGCUCUACCACAUUUACUUUGCGACUGUGGCAGGUUGCUUCAUCGCUCAUGUUUCAUUGCCCACAAAGUGGUGAGAACCCUUGUCGCUGUAAAUGCCUUUUUUUUUUUUUCCUGUCACCACAGGAAGUUUUGAGGGUUAAAAAGUAUGUGUGUCAGCUGGGAGGUUCCCCUCACCUCUUGCUUUUUGAUCUUUUCUCAGGUUCAGAUUAAGAGCAGAUCUAGCUGGGGAGGGGAGGUUUCUCCUUCCUCCAGAUAGAUGGGGCAGUGGGAGAUCUGUGUGGCCGUUCCCUUUGUCCUGUGCGCCUGAUUUCUUACAGGUAGCCUCAAAACAUGUGGCACGAGGAGAGAGGGAGAGGAACUGAGUAUUUCUUGUUGAUCCUACCUGGGCAGCUAGGGAGCGUUUCCUGGGAAAGGAUGACUGAGACUUUUCAAAAGCAUGCCAGACAGGUACUUCUGAAAAUUUCUCCCCACGUAGAGCAGUGGGAGUAUUUGGACCAGCCGAUGGAAAGAGGGUGAGCAGUCAGCAUGCAUACACCAGUGCGCUCUUCACCCCUGCGUUGCCAAACUCCCUGGGUGCCUCAGGGCAACUCGCAGUUUCUUUUCUGGGUGCUGCAGGAGCUUUGGUAUGAAACUAUUUCUGAACUGAACCGUGAAGGACCAUCAAGGGCUGUUUUCCAAAACAUACAUCUGACCACAAAUUAAUGAGCAGUGCAGUGCUGCUCUUGCAGUUGCUCUGCAUGGAGUUGUAGCCUGGGGGAUUUAUCCAGAUUAGUCGUGGUGCUAGAGGAGAUGUUUCUUCUGAUUUAGGUUGUGGGCAGGAUGAACAAGGAUUGUGAAGAUUAGAAAAAAAUUGUAGCUGUGUUUUUUCAACUCUUCCUUCCCCUCCGGCCCAUGCAAGGCACUUGGUGACUUUUUCAGGUGUUUCCUGGGUAGGAAAGAGCUGCAGCUUUAAGCUAUAUUUUGGGGGGCGAGGGGGGAGGCACUAACCUGCUUAACAUGCAAUAACAGGGCUCUCGUGUCACAGAGAAGGUGUGGGAACGCUUGAGCUGUGGGUCAGAGCUCAGGUGCUGCUUUCUGUGGUUGCUUGCCGAGAUGUUGAUCUGCCCUCACAUGCGCACUGUAUUAAUUAUUUUUUUAAACCAAGGAGGGUCACAGAAGUUUACUUCUUCCGCAUGACUUUGUCUUGAAGGAAAAGAAGUUUUGAGUACGGGGCAUCCCCUUCUAUUUGUCCUCCUCUUCCCCACCUUACACACAGACUAACCACACAGACAAUCAUUUUGUAGGGAACAAGGGAGGAAGCACUGCAGGAUUUUGUAUGCUGGCGUUUUGUUUAUAAAAUGAUUUUAUGGACAUGUCUGUAAAACGUUCUCUAGAUUUUUCAAUCACACUAAUAAAAAGCAUCCUCAGCUUUGUAAAGGCA